AUGUUUCGGGAGCUUUUAUUAUUGACACUUGUUAUAAGCGUUUCUGGAGAAGGUGAAGUCCCUUUGCAAUCUGCUUAUCUUGAAUCUAUAAAGUUUCAAUUUAAUUUUAUAUGAAGAAAUACGUUUAAAAUGUCCAAAUCUGUCACUGCCUCCUGCUAAACAAUAUCACGCAUCAUGUUAUUUAUUUCAGAGUCACUGGAUAAUUUGCAAUUCAAAAAAGACAGCGAUUAUUUAUACAUGCACAGACUUUAUGACAGUAUUGAGGUACGCAUCGCCUCUGUGAUAGAUGCAAUGAUUUGCAAUUAUGGAUGACCUUACAAAACCGAUUUCCUUGUAGUACAUAUCCGUAGACGGUGUAAACAUCUCCAAAGCAGGCGAAGGUUCCAAUUGUGUUGCGCCAAAUGACUGUUGGCAAUUGAUUCGCCGUAAGUUUUGUAUUCCAUGCUUUGCUUCACAAAAUACCAACGCAAUUAAAGCAGCUUAGUCUGCAAACGUGCUAAUUUAUAUGCUUUUUCUGUAACCUUUGAUUUAAUAAAAUAAAUUCUGACAUGUUUGUCAUCAAUGCGAUCCCUGUUGCCAUAUAUAUGUAACUGCACGUCAUAUGCAAUCAAACCACUGCGGAGUUAAAACCCACGUAUCGGUAGGAGAGCUCAGAAGUCUAGACACUGCGGACACCAUACUGACUUGAUAAAAAUGUAUACAAAUGUAUACGCCUACUGGGAGUCGUCAAAGCAUCGGCUUGUGGGGUCUGAAUACUAAACAGAAAAUAUAAUAGUAACUCAAAAAAAAUCAGAUUUAUGUGAUCAUUGAGUCAAAUGUUACUGGAUAUAAAGUGCAAAGGUUAACUGCAGUGAAUCCAUCGAGAUAUUAUCGGCAGUAAGAGAAAAGAACGAAGCCAAGUUUUCUGAAAAUUUAAUUCUCUAGAAAUGGAAGCGGUACCGAUGUCAUGUAUGAUCCAGACUUUCAUAAUUAUAGCCCGCGUAUCAUAUUUUAUUGUACAAUGAAUUUCAGUUAAGUAAUUGACCAAUCCCUUACUUCAUGCCUAACUAUAAACCUUACUUUAAACCCGAUUAUGAUCCCUAACCGCAAUGCUCUACACCGUUCAACACUGAUUAUCGCAGACCCCCUAAUAGGCAUAAUCAUCUGCUACGGGAGCUUUUAAAUUGACUAGCCAUUACUGGAGUUUUUGGGAUAAGUACUGACUUAGUGAAUCACAGCGUCGUUUUAAAAGCUGAUAUCUUGACAUUUAUUUAUUUCAUUUAUUUGGCGGCCUUAAGCGGGAUUCUAGGCCUGCCUCCAGGCCAUUAGUCAUAAACCUGCACAUUGUGUGGGCCAACCAGCUGCCGAAGCGAUUAAAUUAGACUAGAAAUGACGUGGUCGGAAACCCGUUUACGUUGACCCCUGCAAACGCGCAAAUUCAGUCCACGUCUGUGUUAGUCAUCCCUUUUACGUAUUGCGUAUGUAAUGACGUUGUGCUCACAGCAUAAUAUCAGUGUGUGCAAGAUAAUAAGUUCGUUAAAAGUGACUAGUUGAGUGGAAUGCAUAUUUUGGAUUGCGUUCCGUUGUCUAAACAACACACUGAAUUGGCGGCACAUGAGGAAUUAUUGAUAACCAGCUGAUUUGCUUCUCAAUCACCUUCGGCUUUAAUUCGCGACCAAAAUGUCUUCCUUCAAGGCGGAAGAUAUUUAAUCGCCCUCGGCGAGCUGAAGGGCAACUACGCUGCAUUCACAAUGCAUCCUGCGGACUCUGCUAGGCACCCUUCAGUUGCAGUUCAAUACAAGAGAGCUGGUACGCCAGAAUGUAAGUCAAGGAGGGCUCUUCAUUUGAUUCAUCCCAACAGCGUGUAACUUUCUCUUUUCUGUUCAUUGACCGUGUAGUUAAGCCAUUGAGCAAAUCAUUCAUUUGGCACAGUAUAGACUGCAAAGUGGGCUCCUCUCCGUCGAACAGAACUAAUGUCCUUGUGCUCUCGACGCCAAUCCAAUAAGAUGUAUUAGCUUUAACUUGUAUUAUAAAUGUUUUACUUGGGCUACCUAGGGCGAGAGUUUUGAUAUAUUUUUGGACAAACAGAUAAAUAAAUGCUACUUUUCUGAUUGUAUUAGAUUUGUGAUCCCCUUUACAAGUGGAGUGUAUGUUUUACUGCCUGCUUUAGAUCCACCACUGACUAACGGAGUAAUAUCUGUCUUUGCAAGAGAAUUCGUCGAAAAUCAACGGUUUCUUCAUCUUCUGCUAUUUAAUGCGGAUAUUGGGGUAAAUAUACAGAACAAACUUGCUUCACCAUCACAAUUACAUUUGGGAAUUCACACAAAUAGGGUCCGAAUCAAUGCGGAAUUUUGAGAAGUCUUUAUUAGCACGAUUUCGCAGACGUAUUUCGGGUGCGUUCAGUGAUCCGAUCGAAAUUUUGCUCUGUAUGAGUUGAAAUAGCCUGACUAGUCAACUAAGAAAUAUGUUAAUUUUUAAAGCCUGUUUGUUUCUGAAGACGGUGGAGUUCUUUGCACACUGACACCUCACAUGCACAUCAGGCAUCAUCAUGGAAGGUCGCCUGAGAAUCCAUUGCACGGCGACUGGCAGCCACGUCCUCGAAGCACCAAACAUACACCUCUCACCAUCGCUUCAGCUGUCCGGACUGCCCAGGCACAUUAAACUAUCGCAUGAACCUACUAGGUUACAUGCGCUUCCGUGAUAUCUGUGUUAAAUCACCGCAGACUUUAUCACAUCAUCGCACAAUUUUUCACCAACAUAUGCGCCGCGUAUGAACACCUCCAACAUCACACACCGUAGGCACCAAUUUGACACCUCACACGCAAGUAAAAAGUGUGUUCUGCAGGUCUUUGGUGCAUUCAAGGUCCUAGCAGACCGUCACCUUUGUGUAAAACCCUAGUACGUUGUAAGUCAUGUGAUGGACACGCACAGACGGGUUUCAACUGGAAUUGACUUGGACGCUCGGAAGAUAAGAUUUUCUGACGUACUCGAGACUAUCGCUGCGUGCUACGAUUCUCGAUUUGUAGGGUCACCGACUUACAGUAAGUGGGCUAACUCAUGAUAUCCCAACAGAAAAUCCGAAAUGAGUUUUCCUUUCGAAAAGAUUAAUUAAGUAGGGGUUGCCAAACAAAUCAUCGUGCAGCAUAAUUCAGUUGCCUAAGGCGGUCGGCUUUCGAAGGGACUUCUUUUUGGCUGCAGGCAAAAAGCAUUUUUUCGCAACAUAUGACUACUUGAGUAGCGUGCAUUUCCCUCAUUGAUUUUUCAUGUCCUUAAAAAUUAAAUUAUAUUGCAUAGAAAACAUUGAUGAAAAUAUUCAUUCCUUUGCUUAUUGGGUAGAAAAUUAUAUUUUCCUCCAAUUUUAUAUUAAAACUGAGGGUAGAAUUUAGUUUGUUAAACGUUUCUAGCUGUGAGAAUUUUUAAUACCGUGAAAUGGCCGUUCAUAAAUCGUCAAGUCUGCAUUUGCAAAUGUGACCUUUAAAGUUAGCAAUACGGGUCUAAUCCAAUGCAAAAUUUCAUGAACCCCAUACGGUCUCCUCUCAAUACCGUAAAAAUAUGUACGUUCUUCUGAACGCGGAAAAUACAUAGCUUGAUGGCAGGACGGAUUCAAAACUAUUUGGAAAUUGGAAAACUUUAAAAAAACCGAAUAAUUCCCUUCCUUCGAAUAAACAAUUAAUAGAAGAUAUAAUUUCUACCGAAGGAGAGAAAGAAGAAAUACCUUUAUUCAUGUUUUCCAUGAAAUAUAAUUGGACUUUAAGGGGCAUCGAAAAUCAAUGAAAAGAAUUCAUGCUCAUUAAGUAGUCAUUUUUUACAGAAUAUAGUUUUUGCAUGCAGCCGAAAGGAAGUUCAUUUGGAAGCCAGCAUCCUGAGGUAACUGAAUUAUCAUAGAAUUAAACUGUAGACGGGUUAGUUUCACAACCCAACUUAAUUAAUAUUUUCGAAACGAAAACACAUUUUGGAGUUUCGGUUGACAUUUCAUGAGUUAGUCCACAUACUGUAAGACUAAGUAAGUUACGCAUUCGAUUUAAGAGGCAUGCGCUAAGCAUAUUAGUAAACAAGAUGCCGCGGAAAGUCAAUCCUAACACAAUGUAUGAUAUUUUGCAAUGCAUUGAUUAGGUGUUUUGAACUUUUUAAUAUUUAACAUACUCGACACUACACAGCACUCUCAGCGGAUUGCCUGUGCUCAAGAAUAGUUGGUUUAAACUUUACCUCCGCAUCCGUAAUUUGAUCUACAUGUGUCCCAUCAAAGCACAAUAAGUUGCUUUGGCAUGUUUGAAAGCAGCAUAAAUUGACAGUCGUUGUUUAGCACAGUCUUCAAUAAACUAAUCAGUACCGUGACAGUAGUCAAGUUUCUCUCACGGCGGAAGUACUCGUGCACCGAAAUUUCAACAGAGAUGCACAAUAUUAUUUAGGCUAACAUCGUUUGUGCUGCUUCCAACAACGUCGGCAUCCUGAAAUUUCAUAAACACGGCUCUGCUCCCAAACUAAUUUCGUGGAAAACAUGCAUAAAAAUAUUCAUUUUCUUGCUAAUUCGGUAGACAAUCACCACUUCUUCCAAUGCUAUAUUAGAAGGAAGGACAAAAUUUGGUUUUUCAAAAGUUUUAUAAUUUUGAGAAUUGUUAAUACCGUCAAAUGGCCGUUCAUAGAUCCGCGUGUAUCUACAUUUACAAAUGUGGCUUUAAAAUUAGCAAUAAAACUCAAAUUCACUGCUACAUUUUAUGAACCCCCUUGUAGUCUUCUCUUAAUAUCGCGGAGAACUGAAUGGUUUUCCGUACGCUGAAAAUAUACGGCUUGUACUUUGGAAACCCUGAAUGUGUAUGUAAAAUCAGGUCGGGUUCGAAAUCACUCGGGAAUUGGAAAACAUUUUGAAAACCGAAUUAUACUUCUAGUAUAAAAUUGAAAAACGAAAUAGUUUUCGACCGAAUAAUUGAAUAGUUACGGGCACCAAAAAUCAAUUAAUAAAAAUAAAUACUAAUUAAAUUUUAUUUUUUUGCUAAUUUUGGUGUUUGCGUGCAGCCGAAUGAAGUCUCUUCGACAGCCGGCAUCCUGAGGCAACUGAAUUAUCGUAGAAUUAUACGGCAAGAUGAUAAGUUUUGCAGCCCCUACUGUAUUAGUCUUUUCGGAACGAAAACGAAAGUUAACAAUAGGGAUCUAAUCCAUUGUUAACUUUUAUGAAUUUUAUAAGGUUUCCCUUUAAUACUGUAGAGAAAGUUGUGGUUUUCCGUACGCAAAAAAUAUACGGCAUGUAGUUUGAAAACUCUAAAUCCAUGUUUUACGGUAAGUGUAGUUCAAAAUUAUUGGGGAAUUAAACACGUUUUUGAAAACCGAAUUAUACCCUUCCGUCGAGCAUAAGAUUUGAAUAGGACGUAAUUUUGUCCAAAAGGAGCAAAAGAAUGAAUAUGUUUGCGCAUGUUUUCCUUGAAAUAAAGUUGGACAUUUAGGGGCAUGGAAAAUCAAUGAGGGUCCCUCAUUUUGCAUAAGUAGCGUUUUUUACAGAGGAUAGGUUUUGCAUGCAGCCGGACGGAAGUUCAAUCGAAAGCCAGAAUCCUGAGGUUACUGAAAUAUUAUAGAAUUAUGUUGCAGGCUGACUAGCUCUCAAUCCUGCUUAAUUAAUCUUUUCAAAAUGAAAAUUCGUUUCGGAAUUUCGGUUGACACUUCACAAGUUAGCCCACCUACUGUAUUAAUCUCUGAUCAAGUGCACACUUCCCAGUACGAUGAUACCAUCCGUGUCCAUGGUGAUUAAACAAGGUCAAGUCAGAUAACUUGACCAAUUAAUAAAAGUGCCGAACUGAAACAUUUGAGUAUGACUUAGUGUUUACCGCAUGCAGUACACUUUUCCUAUUUGUAGGCGCCCGUUCAAGGCGAAUAAUAAAAUCACUUUAAAGUUGGAAUAUUUUAGAGAGUAGAUCUGGUCGGAGGCAGUGGCUCUUUGCACCUGCUUGGAAAAUCUGGUACGUGAAAACUUCGGUUUGAAGGUGAAUAUGUUAAAGCCACGGCGGUGGGUUCAUUCGUGCAGAUUAUUUUAAAGAAUAUUUUCCAAUUAACGAUCCCUUUGAUGUAUGUGUGAUGACAUGCAGAACAGCCGGAGGAAAACGUCAUACUGCUCACGGGACGUAUGGAAUCCAAAGUACGUUUGCUGGAGAUAAAGUUCACGAACGGCAGAGUUGACAAACUACAGAUUACUCCUUAUACUAAAUCUAACGCUCCGGUGCUAAUGUCAACUUUCCUUGAUUUCGUGAGAGCUUUCAAGGUGAAGUGAAGUGGUCUUCAUAUUGUGGGUGCUGGGUUUUUCGGUGACUUGAUAUUCAAACGUCAUAUAAAAUAUGUGGUAUUGGGUACAUUUUCAAUAUGGACGUGCUUCAAAAACCAAUGGAUCUUUCUGGCUUUUUAUGUUUCGAAGCAAUCGGAAAUAAUCAGGUUAGCGAACGUAAGUGAUCCGUGCCCAUGAUCUGAGAACGGUGAAGUGCUCACUGGAAUCAAUGAAUAUUAUGCAUUAAUGAUCCGAUUUUUUCCACGGGACAUGUGGAAUCAAAAGUACGAAUUACGGAGAUAAAUUUCACGUCCAGCAAUGUUGACGAUAUAACGAUUACUCCUUGCACUAUGUUUGUCGCGCCGGUGCUAAUGUCACCUUUCGUCUUUUACGCGAAUGCUUCGAAGGUGAAAUGGGAGUACCUGUGGGUUGUGGGUGCUGUGUUUGUCGGUGGCACUGAUUUUUAAACAUUAAAUAAAAAUAAUUGGUAUUGGUACAUUUGUACUAUCGACCUAUUGGUUCUUCUUAACGUUAUAUGUAUCUCCGAUAAUUGGAGUAUGAUCCGUUGUUUGUGCCGCAGAGGGCCAAAUGACUGAGGGAUUGCGAAACUUGCGAAACCCAGUUAUUAACUAUCAGGGAAUUAGAUGAUUAAAGGGAUUGGCAUAUCGUAACAUAUCGUUCUAACAAACUUUGUCUUAAUUUUUCUUAAAGUCCUAUAUGCAAAUUGCUUAUGUUACUGAUCAGCUAUCAUACACCAGGUUAGAGGCGGAAUCAGGACAGGAGGUAGGCCUGUGAAGUAGCCUUUUUGUAUCAGGUCCACAAAAUUCAUUUACCAGGAUUUUAACCAAUGGCACCAUCACCAUCAUCAACAAGCAGUCUUUACUCUCAGAAAAAGAGGACAAGGGCCAUAGACCAGGGCCGUCUAGUGGACGUCAUCUUCUUCGACUUUCAGAACGCGUUUGAUAGCGUUCCUCAUGGACGACUCCUUCAGAAGAUUUGGGAGUGUAGAAUACAGUGAUGCCAUAGAGCAGAUGCAACGACGGGCCACAAAACUGGUGAACGGUCUCAGAACUCCGUCAUACCCAGAAAGACUGAUCCACUUAAAUUUGUUUCCCUUAUCCUAUAGACGAAUGAGGUGUGA